UUCUCUCACAUACAUAGACAAACAGUUACACCCACAGACAGAAUAACUCAGACACCUGAGCAGCUCACACACAUAUUCAGAAUCAUGGGAAAGAUCUACCAGGUCACAGUGAUUGGAUUCAGGGGGGAGAAAAUGGUAAUCGACGUGGCCAAUACAGAAGAACAAAUGAAAAGUACGACAGUACUGCAACUGAAAAAUAAAAUUUCCGAAAGACUCCCGGGGAACGCAGGGGACAAUCUGGAGACCCUGCGACUGAUUUUCACAAACAAGCAGCUGGAAGACUCAUCCAUGCUCUCCUCAUAUGGGAUCCAGAACCAGUCUGUCAUUCAGCUAGUGAUGAGGGUGCCUGGGGGAUGGCGGCAUUGACAAAUGGACAGAAGAGAGCAUCUCUGCCUGCAUUUUGAUGUAUUUUUAAUACUCUACUCUUGUGAUAUUAAUCUCACUGCCAAAGCACACGAAGGAACUGAUGUUGAUAAAUGUAUGGUCUCUUUUUUUUAACAAAAGAUAAACAUCAUGUGGCCAGAAAUAAUUUUGUUUACGCUCUGAAUCUGUUACCAGAACUUCCAAAUUAUAUUUUUAUAUCUGUGACUUUACUGUAUGGAAGUCUUCAACAACAACAUUAUUCAACAAUAAAUUCAUGUUCUCCUAAUUCUGAA